GAUGGACGUGCCCUGUGCCCGUUCAUCUGUCCCACUGAUGGACGUGCCCCGUGUGCCCGUUCAUCUGUCCCAUAGGAUGGACGUGCCUUGUGUGUCCAUUCGUCUGUCCCAUUAAUGGAAGAGCCCUGUGCCCAUUCAUCUGUCCCACUAAUGGAAGUGCCCUGUGCCCGUUCAUCUGUCCCACUAAUGGAAGUGCCCUGUGCCCGUUCAUCUGUCCCACUGAUGGACAUGCCCUGUGUGCCCAUUCAUCUGUCCCACUGAUGGACAUGCCCUGUGCCCAUUCAUCUGUCCCACUGAUGGACAUGCCCUGUGUGCCCAUUCAUCUGUCCCACUGAUGGACGUGCCCUGUGUGUCCAUUCAUCUGUCCCACUGAUGGACGUGCCCUGUGCCCGUUCAUCUGUCCCACUGAUGGACGUGCCCUGUGCCCGUUCAUCUGUCCCACUAAUGGAAGUGCCCUGUGCCCGUUCAUCUGUCGGGGCACGGGGUUCCUUGCACUCCGCGGCUGUGGGCAGUGCUGGUGCUGCGGACACCUGGCCAUUUCUGUGUGGACACAAGUUUGCUCUUCUCUGAGGUGCAUUCGUAGGGGUAGAAUUUGCCAGGUUGUGUGGCUGUUCUGUGUUUGAACUCUGUAAAAAGCGAAGUAUUUGUGCAUCAGGGAGCAUUGUCACGUAUGUGACCGUGGUGGGCGUUGGGCCGAGUGGUCGAGCUGCUGCCUUCAGUUCUGCCUCCCCCAUGCACCCCAGGUCCUGUGCGUCCUGGGGGACAGCGGGCGAUGGCUGUGGUGCUGGGGUUCCUGCCGUUCUUGUGUGAGGCUGGGUGGAGUCCCUGCUGGCUCUGGGCUCUGCUCCUUGUCAGCUGUGGCCAUGGGUGUGUGGUUUAGCAUCUUGGUGGGGUCUUCCCUGCAUCCCACAUGGGCGCUGGUUCGAGCCCCAGCUGCUCCACUUCUGAUCCAGCUCUCUGCUGUGGCCUGGGAAAGCAGUGGAAGAUGGCCCAAGAGCUUGGGGCCCUGCACCCGCGUGGGAGACCCGGAAGAAGCUCCUGGCUUUGGCCUGGCCCAGCACUGGCUGUUGUGGCCAUCUGGGGAGUGAACCAACAGAUGGAAGUUCUCUCUCUAACUCUGCCUUUCAAGUAAAUAAAUAACUUUCUUUAAAUGAUGGCACCUGAGUUGGAGUGGUCAGACUCAGAGAGAGAAAGCAGAGGGUGGUUGCAGGGACUUGGGGGCGUGGGGGGAGGCAGUGCUGUCUGCCGGGUGCAGUUUCAGUCCUGCGAGAUGAACAGUGUCCCAAGGAGGGGCCAGUGGUGACGGCUGCACAGCAGUGCGACCCACUUACCACCACGGAACUGUGCACCUAAACGCGGGGGGAUGGUGGAGUUUGUAGCAUGCGUGCCUCACCAAAAGCUAAAACCAGAAAAAAAACGUGGUGGGCCCCGCACAGAGAAGGGUGCAGGAAAUAGAGGCCAUCGCUGCGGGAGGACAGCGCUGAGGGCCGUCGGAGCCGGCCAGGGAAGGCUGGCCUCAAGGAGAGGAGGGGAGUCGUCCCUGGGGCUGGCCCUGGUGAUGCGAGUGGCCCCUGUGCAGGCUCCUGGUUCCUUCGCAGUCUUAGGAGGACUCCAGACUAGGAGACCAACAGACCUCACGCCGGGUCUCCCCCAGCACCCCUCACUGCCCCACCUCCAGGGCCAGCUGGCCCGCAAGACUGGCUCUGCGCUCCCCCUGCUGGCAGCUUCAGGAACAACAUGCCCACAAGCCGCCUCAUUCCCCCACCCCACCCCCUUGCAUCAGGCAGAGGGGCUGGGUGGGGGCUGCCGCUGGAGCCACUGUACUCUUUCUGCCUGCGGCUGGAACUGCCCCCACCAUGGCCUCUCUUUCCCAUGCGAGGUCGGGGAAAGCGCCCCCUCUAAACCCCCAAGCUCACGACACCAACAGAGACAGGUGCGAACUCACACUUGCACUGGAGCACCCACGAUUCACCCACGUCCAAGGCCCCUUUCUCUGCUGAAAGGAACAACAUCACAACCGGGUUCUCGCUCCUGGAGCCCACACAGCUGCCUUCCACCCCAGGCUCUGCUCACCCCCACCUCUCGCCCUGCUCGCCAUGGCCAAGCGUGUGCAGGCCCGAAGGCUGACCGGGAUCGACCACAACCCCUGGGCUACCCACCGCUCACGGAGAUCCUGGCCAGUUUCUUCGGGAAGCUGCUGGGCCAGGAGCUGGACCCGCUCAAGAACGUGCUGGUGACCGUGGGCGCCUACGGGGCCCUGUUCACAGCCUUCCAGGCCCUGGUGGACGAGGGAGACGAGGUCAUCAUCAUGGAGCCCUUCUUUGACUGUUACGAGCCCAUGACCCUGAUGGCUGGGGGCCGCCCCGUGUUCGUGUCCCUGAGGCCGAGCCCCUCCCAAGACAAGGAGCCAGAUUCCAGCAGCAACUGGUGCCUGGACCCCGCGGAGCUGGCCAGCAAGUUCACCGCUCGGACCAAAGCCCUGGUCCUCAACACCCCCAACAACCCCCUGGGCAAGGUGUUCUCCAAGGCCGAGCUGGAGCUGGUGGCCCACCUGUGCCGGCAGCACGAUGUGCUGUGCAUCUCCGACGAGGUCUACCAGUGGCUGGUCUACGACGGCCACCAGCACACCAGCAUCGCCAGCCUCCCCGGCAUGUGGGAGCGGACCCUGACCAUCGGCAGCGCCGGCAAGACCUUCAGCGCCACCGGCUGGAAGGUGGGCUGGGCCCUGGGCCCCGACGCUCUCAUGAGGCACCUGCGCACUGUGCACCAGAACUCCAUCUUCCACUGCCCCACGCAGGGCCAGGCCGCCGUGGCCCUGAGCUUCGAGCGGGAGCUGCAGCACCUGGGCCAGCCGUGCAGCUACUUCGUGCAGUUCCCGCAGGCCAUGCAGCGGCGCCGCGACCACAUGGCGCGCAGCCUGCAGGCGGUGGGCCUGAGGCCCGUGAUCCCCCAGGGCAGCUACUUCCUCAUCACGGACAUCUCGGACUUCAAGAGCAAGAUGCCCGACUUGCCCGGUGCUGCGGAUGAGCCCUACGACAGACGUUUCGUCAAGUGGAUGAUCAAGAACAAGGGCUUGGUGGCCAUCCCCGUGUCCAUCUUCUUCAGCCAGCCCCAGCAGCAGCACUUCGACCACUACAUCCGCUUCUGCUUUGUGAAGGACGAGUCCACAUUGCGCGCCAUGGACGAGAAGCUGCAGAAGUGGAAGGCAGAGCUGAGGCCUUGAGCGGAGGAGCCUGGCUCCCGCCCGGGGGUCCGUGGUCCCGGGGACCCUCCCCCGCCACACCCGGCGUUCCCCCCACCGCGGAGUCGGCCGGCGGCUCCCCACAAGUGCCUGCCCUGCCCGGGGUUGGAGAGGGGGGCAGCCGGGGCCUGCCCAGCCAGUUCUCGGGCCUUGGAGGAGGGGCUGUGGGUCCCAGCCCUGCCCUGGCCCUGGCCGGCGCGGCCUCGCCUCCCCCCUUCCCUGUCUGGCCUGGACCGUGGGCGGGGCCUCCGUCUCCAAUAAUUUCCGUGCGCAAUAAAGCUCUAACUUAUUUGCA